CUCAGUUUUGCUUUAAAAGCCUGUUGGAAGGUGAGCUGGUCAAGAUGCUUGUUUGAUUUUGAUGAUUUCAGUCACUUGGACAAAUGUGGGAUUAUCUUCAAUUUAACAUGAAUGUCUCCCUGAACUCCUCCAACAUGUCAGUGGAAUCUCUAAAUCUGAAGACAGAACAGGGUCCAGUAGAGUACCGUGUGGCCAGCCUGGUCUUCUACAGCAUCGUCUUCACCAUAGGAGUCAUAGUUAAUCUCACUGCCUUAUGGGUAUUUGCUCUGACAACCAAGAAGAGAAACUCAGUCACUAUCCACAUGAUAAAUGUGGCGCUGGUGGACCUCACCUACAUCCUGCUGCUUCCUUUCAGGAUGGUUUACCUCCAACAGGACUAUUGGCCUUUUGGAGAUAUUUUCUGCCGGGUCAGUGCAGCUUUAACCAUCUUUUACCCCUCCAUGGCUCUGUGGCUGUUUGCGCUGAUCAGCACUGACCGCUACAUGGCCAUCGUGCAACCAAAGCAUGGCAAGGAGCUGAGGAAUGUCCCGAAGGCUGUGGUGGGCACCCUGGGAGUGUGGCUGAUGACUCUGGGCAGCAGUGUACCUUUGCUAUUCUCUGAGGAAGACCCCGAUCGCAUCUCAAACUAUACCACUUGCAUCAAGAUGCAAGACAUCAUCUACAUGCGUCAAGACAACGUGGUGAACUUUGUUAGACUCAUCUUCUUCUUCCUCGUGCCCAUUGGUAUAAUGAUCGGCUGCUAUGUCAUCAUUGUUGACAAUCUAAUCCACGGUCGCACUUCAAAACUCAAACCAAAAGUGAAGCAAAAGUCCGUCCGGAUCAUCAUCACACUCAUCAUCCAAGUGCUGGUGUGCUUCGUGCCUUUUCACAUCUGCUUGGUGCUCCGUUUGUUGGGGAACAGCGAAGAUGGAGGGUUCAACACAUGGGCGGUGUUCACCACGUUCCUGAUGAACCUCAGCACGGUCUUGGACAUCAUUUUGUAUUACAUCGUCUCCAAGCAGUUCCAGGACCGGGUGAUCAGCGUGAUCCUGUACAGGAACUACUUACGGAGCGUGAGGCGGAAGAGCCGGCACACGCACACGGGAAGCAUCCGAUCCCUCAGCAACUUGACCAGCGCCAUGAUAUGAAACUUUAAGUCUGACCACUUGCUCAGACUGUAACAUUUGUACAUAAUGUAACA